GGGAAAGCAACCAAACCCAAAUUGACCGACAAAGCUCGAAUGUAUUAUUAUAAACGGCCUUCUCUCUCUUCUUCUUCAAUGGCAAAGCAAAGAACUAGCUGGAAAAUACCACGCGCAAAGAUGAAAGUAAUAUGGAAGAAGGAUAACAAGACCAAGAAACGAACUUUAUCUAAGUACCCAAAUCUUCCUUUUGAUCAAGAAGACCAAGAACGUGAAUCUCUGAACGAGAUUACUACCAACCAACAAGGUUUUGCUUCUCAAGAUGAGCCUUUAGAUUCACAGUCAGAAAAGCAGCUUGCCGAGUCCUUUCAAUCCCAAGGCAAUAAGCUAGCUGAGGAUGGAAAAUACCGGGAAGCUCUUGGGAAGUGGGAGGCUGCUCUUAAUCUAAUGCCUGGAAGUACUGUUUUACAUGAACAGAAGGCACAAGUCUUACUUGAAAUCGGAGAUGCAUGGAAUGCACUGAAAGCUGCAACUCGUGCUACUGAACUGGAACCCUCUUGGGCUGAGGCAUGGAUCACUCUUGGUAGAACACAGUUAAACUUUGGGGAGCCUGAUAGUGCUAUUGAAAGCUUUGACAGAGCAUUAGCUUUAAAGCCUGAUGUGAAGGAGGCUCAAGAUGAUAGACAUGCUGCAUUACAUCUGGUCAAGAGAAGAAAGCAGCUUCAUUCAUCAGGCUUGAGUGCUAAUGAAAGUCGUUUUAUGGUUGCUGACAAGGCUGAGAGCUCUUGAGAAUACAUUAAAGUUGAAUUAAAGCAUUGGUUAAAUGCUCAUGUAUAAUGUGAAGAUUGUAAAUGAGAGAGGAGUUUUGGGGAAGAGAGGUGAAAUGUAUCUUAAUAUCAUUGGCCAAUGAGCAGUAUGCUGUUAUUCUGGUUAUGCAGAACUUUUUCCUGGAAAGUUUUUACUUAACCGCAGGAAUCAGGAUGAGCUAAAAUUGUUUCUGAAGAAACUUGGCCUCCUACAAUGUUGUCUAGUUUACCAAAACGAAAUGAGCAGUCCAAGAGGCUUGCUUACGCUGAAGGUCUGACCGGAUGAGGCUAUAGGAAACCAGGACUCAUCAGAUUGAACGCGUUCUUGUAAUUUUUUUUGAGCAAUGCGUUAUUGUAAUUUGUGCUACAAAUGGCCUUUCAAAAGUCAAUGAAAAUGUAAUUAAGGCAGUCUCA